AUGAGCGGACGGACAGAAGCAUCGCACAAGUUCCUCACCUUGAAGAUGCCUCUGAACCCUGCCGAUCUCCCUUCUUCACGCGUCCUACGAGCAGGCAGGACCUAUACCUUUCCAUUCGUCUUCACCAUUCCUGCUCAGCUCCUCCCGAAAUCAUGCGCCCAUGCUGUUGCUUCAGACUAUGUCCGAGAAACGCACCUUAUGCUCCCCCCAAGCCUAGGCGAUGCCGAGCUAUCUGGCUUUGGUGGCAUUCUCCUCGACGACAUGGCGCCCGAAAUGGCGAAGGUCACGUAUGGAGUCAAGGCGCGCAUAAUGCAGCUACACGAAGACAAACUUGUACUUUUGGCACAGAAGACGAGGAAGGUUCGCGUGAAACCGGCCUUUGAAGAGCAGCCGCCACUCAACACCGAUGGAAACAGAGAAUAUCGUCCCCGGCUCGAACGAAACAUCAAGAAGGGCCUAUUCAAAGGUAAAACAGGCACCUUGAUCGCUCAGGCUAGCCAGCCGAAACCUCUCGUGAUUCCAGGCGCGCGGACGCUGGAUGCUGGGCCCAUUGCGACCAGGGCCAAGGUUCUACUCCGCUUCGAUCCUACAGACGAGAACAGCUCACCCCCAAGGCUAGGGUCUCUCAAAACGAGCAUCAAAGCCUCGACCUUUUACGCUUCGUCUGCAAGGAACAAUUUCCCCUCGCGAGAAAACCUCAGCUACGACCACACCCAGGGAGCAUACACAGACACGAUCUCAUUAUCAACCAUGUGCAUCGGCACAACCGCGCAAUGGGUGAAGCAGCUACCGUCCGCUAACCCACCAAAUGAAGAGGACCUUGAGCGCCGCGACUCUGGGAUAUCCGAUUGCUCUAGCGUCUCUUCGCCGUCGUACAAAUCCAACAUUCCUGCUCACUCUGCAAACUACAAGGGUGGCUCUUUCUACACCGCCUCCAUCAUCGUUCCCAUAACGAUGCCCUUGAACAAGAAUUUCUUGCCAACCUUUCACUCCUGCCUCAUUUCUCGCGUAUACGCCCUCAGCAUGAACCUUUCCGUGCAUGCACCUGGACUGGGCGAUCCGACCCUGAACCUCAAGUUGCCGCUACAAGUGUGCGCUGAGGGCAGCGCAACGGGCAUCGAGACUGCGAGGGUACGAAGCGAAGAGGCUGCCGGAAUAUUGGCGGAAGCAGACAGGAUACUUUCGCCUAGAAGCGUCGCACCCCCGACUGUGGAUCUGCCUCCAGAAUACGUUGCUUUGUCAUCUGGAGGCGGAGGGAUAUACCACCCUGGAGUCACUGUCGCGGGAUGA